GACGCGGGCGGGGCCAGGCCAGGAUCUUCGCUGUCCCGGGUCCUGGAGCUCUCUCGGCCCGGCAGGUCUCGCUCCCGCCCAUCCGGCCUUCCACUGCUGUCCUGGCCGCAGGGUGUUCAAGGCGGGACGCCCCAGGCUAGCGAGCCGCGAUCGGGCCCCGCCUCAGGCGCUGCGCUCUGGGACAGGCGGGCGCGGGAGCCCGUAAGCGCUCAGCUCCCGAGCCAGGCGGGCUUCCAGGGCACUUCCCCUGGGUGCAUUCCCGAAGACUCCCGAGGGCGAGGGCUCCGUGCACAACCUUGCCUGGUGACCUCCAUUGGUGCUCCAGCGUGAACAUGGUGCAGAGAUACCAGUCUCCUGUCCGAGUUUACAAGUACCCGUUUGAGCUGGUCAUGGCGGCCUACGAGAAGCGCUUCCCCACGUGCCCACAGAUCCCAGUCUUCCUGGGCAGCGAGGUCUUGCGCGAGUCCCGCAGCCCGGACGGGGCUGUGCACGUGGUGGAGCGGAGCUGCCGGCUGCGCGUGGACGCCCCGCGGCUGCUGCGGAAGAUCGCAGGUGUUGAGCACGUGGUCUUCGUGCAGACAAACGUCUUGAACUGGAAGGAGAGGACGCUCCUCAUCGAAGCGCACAAUGAGACCUUCGCCAACCGCGUGGUGGUGAACGAGCACUGCAGCUACACGGUCCACCCUGAGAAUGAAGACUGGACUUGCUUUGAGCAGUCUGCCUCACUGGACAUCCGGUCUUUUUUUGGCUUUGAAAAUGCCUUGGAGAAGAUCGCCAUGAAGCAGUACACCGCCAACGUCAAGAGGGGGAAGGAGGUGAUUGAGCAUUACCUGAACGAGCUCAUCUCCCAGGGUACCUCGCACAUUCCCCGCUGGACGCCUGCCCCAGUCCGUGAGGAGGAUGCCCGAAACCAGGCCGGACCGAGGGACCCCGGCUCCCUGGAGGCCCACGGGCCCAGUAGCACCCUGGGGCCCGCUCUGGAGGCGGUCAGUAUGGACGGGGACAAGCUGGACGCGGACUACAUUGAGAGGUGCCUGGGCCACCUCACGCCCAUGCAGGAGAGCUGCCUGAUCCAGCUUCGGCACUGGUUACAGGAGACCCACAAAGGCAAGAUUCCCAAAGAUGAGCACAUCCUUCGGUUCCUGCGGGCUCGUGACUUCCACCUGGACAAGGCCCGGGAAAUGCUGUGCCAGUCCUUGAGCUGGCGGAAGCAGCACCAGGUGGAUCUCCUCCUUCAGACCUGGCAACCCCCUGCCCUGCUGGAGGAGUUCUAUGCAGGGGGCUGGCAUUACCAGGACAUAGAUGGCCGCCCCCUUUACAUCCUCCGCCUGGGCCAGAUGGACACCAAAGGCUUGAUGAAGGCCGUGGGGGAGGAGGCGCUGCUGCGGCACGUUCUCUCCGUCAACGAGGAAGGACAGAAGCGGUGUGAGGGGAGCACAAGGCAGCUGGGCCGUCCCAUCAGCUCCUGGACCUGCCUGCUAGACCUGGAGGGACUCAACAUGCGGCACCUGUGGCGGCCAGGGGUGAAGGCCCUGCUGCGGAUGAUUGAGGUGGUUGAGGACAAUUACCCAGAGACGCUGGGUCGGCUGCUCAUCGUGCGAGCCCCCCGAGUCUUCCCCGUGCUCUGGACGCUGAUCAGCCCGUUCAUCAACGAGAACACCAGGCGGAAGUUCCUUAUCUACAGUGGCAGCAACUACCAGGGACCUGGAGGCCUUGUGGACUAUCUGGAUAGAGAAGUGAUCCCUGACUUCCUUGGGGGAGAGAGCGUGUGUAAUGUCCCCGAAGGAGGGCUGGUCCCCAAGUCCCUCUACAUGACGGAAGAAGAGCAGGAGCGCACGGACCAGCUGUGGCAGUGGAGUGAGACCUACCAUUCAGCCACCGUGCUCCGCGGAGCCCCCCACGAGGUGGCUGUGGAGAUCCUGGAAGGGGAGUCGGUCAUCACCUGGGACUUCGACAUCCUGCGAGGGGACGUGGUGUUCAGCCUGUACCACACCAAGCAGGUGCCCAGGCUGGGCACCCGGGAGCCAGGAACCAGGGCCAGCGGGCAGCUGAUCGACAAAGGCUGGGUCCCGGGCAGGGAUUACAGCCGUGUGGAGGCUCCCCUUGUCUGCCGGGAGGGGGAGAGCAUCCAGGGCUCCCAUGUGACCCGGUGGCCCGGUGUCUACCUGCUCCAGUGGCAAAUGCACAGCCCCCCCGGCAGCGUGGCCUGCAGCCUCCCGGGUGUGGACGAUGUCCUGACGGCUCUGCACAGCCCCGGCCCCAAGUGCAAACUUCUCUACUACUGUGAGGUGCUCGCCUCUGAGGACUUCAGGGGCUCCAUGUCCAGCCUGGAAUCCUGCACCAGCGGCUUCUCCCAGCUCAGUGCCGCCACCACGUCCUCCUCCGGCCAGUCUCAUAGCAGCUCCCUGGUCUCCAGAUAGCUGGGCCCAGUGUUUCAGGGCCGCCUGCUCGCCUCCAGUGUCCAGAAAUGUCCAGAAUGAGAAGCCAGGUAACUGCAGGGCCUGGGACCAUGUGGGCUGGAGCCCCAGGCCUAGAUGCUCCCCAAGUUGGGGUGUCUGGAGCGGAUGGCAAGGAUCCAGGCCUGGCCUGUGUGUGGUGUCAGGGCUCUUGAAGUUGCAAGGACAGAACUAUCUCCUUUCGGCUUCGUGUAAGGAAGACCAAGCCAAGGCCAAGGUGUCUACCAUACCACACCUUUGGGACAUCCAGGCUUAGCGAUGUCAGCGAGGCCUGUCUCCCCUCUGUCCACCUCUUGCUCUGCUUUUGCCAUGCAGGGGACCAUCACUAUUAGGUGCCCUUCUCCUCCCCGCAGCUCGAGUGCAUAAAGGAGCCUCUUCCUCCCAACGGCUCCAACCCUCUUCCCAGAGCUGAGUCUUAGCCUCGAAGGGGGGGCGGUUCCCAGGUCAAUUCCUGAACCAAUCACAGUUGCCAGAUACACUGGAGAAUGCCGAUUGGCCAGCAGGGUCAUGCCCAAUCUGGACCAAUCACUGUGAUUCAGGGUUGCAGUGAGGUGCAGUGAUUGGCCAGCCUGGAUCACAUGCACAUCUCUGGAACCAACCACCUGCUCUGAAAAGUGCUAGUGGGUGCCUGGAGGAAUACUGCCCUAAGAAGAAGGGGGAGGGAUGCUGGGGAGGCAGAAAUGAAGGGUGUUUACCUUGGCAUCUGAUUGCAUAACGUUCUGUUAUGCAGUAUCAAGAUGUGCUUGGUGAGUAGUUAAGUGAGUUACAGGUGCUGCCCUUUGUGGGGAACAGCAUAUCCUGAACUGAAAAUCCAUGUCCCCUGCCCUUGGUCACCAUGGCCUAACCCUGACCAUCCGUGAUUGGAGAGGAUGGGAGAGCCCUGGGUUUCUGCUAAGUUCCAGGCAGCGAUGGGGUGACUGAGGCUGUCUGUAUACCCCAGUGGAGAUGCCUUUCUUUCCUAGGGAACUGUUUAAUUAUGACUGUUUUUGGUUGUAAGCCACAGAGACCUAUGCCCAGGUGCUUAAACACAACAGCAUGAUCAUUCUUGGGUGCAUAGAACUGGCCAGUCCAGGAGGGCUUGCUUCAGGUAAGGCUAGAUCCAGGGUCUCAACAUGGAGUCUCGACUUCCCUGGCGAGUGAAGGCUGCUGUCUCUGCCCUGGGGCAGAUAUGACUCUGGAACUAGGUCCAACAUUGACACGACUUUCCCUAGUUACUACACAGGAGCGUCUUGGGUCUCCUUGGGGCCUGAGGACAUUUCUCCUUUCCUUUCCUGGACUCCCCAAAAGGCAGCCAGUCAGGGGUCACCAACUUGAAUCAUGAUCUGGCCUGCUUUUAGUGUUGGUUUUUUGCCUUUAGGAUGGUUUAAAAAUUGAGGCAUUUCACAUUGAAAUCAGGAUUUCUAGCUUCCCUUAGGCAUUUGGGAGCACCAGCAGAAUGGGGUCACUAUUGUUGCAUGAAGACAACACCUCUGCGCCCCUGGAUGGGGCCAUGCCAGUCCCUACCCCAACGACUUGUGCCCAGCCCACAUUACCCAUCGUCGUGACCUGCGUGGCAGGAGCCUCGCUGACAUGGCUCUGUCAGCAGUGGCUGGUACCCUUGUCUCCUGGCCUUGCUUAGAGUUGGGGCUCGUCUCUGCUGGAGUAACUGAGCCAAGGGGUGGUUUUGUGGUCACAAGAAUCAUCUUUAUGCAGGCACAGCAAUGCAGGGCCAGGAAACAUAUCUAUGCCAGCCUCAACCCCAAACCCAGGAGAGAGAGAAAGGGUCAUCUUUUCAGACACAUCCUUCUUCCUGCUGGGAGAGAGCCUUGCCCACCUUCCUGUUGGCGCUCUGUCCGCUUCUCAGGUACCUGAACAAGAGAGAUUGUACCCUGCGUCAAGGUGUGUGUGCACAUGUGUACAUAGGACACCGACUGAUUAGAAGGAGACGUUCUCAAAACUAAUUGCUCCCAUAUCACCAGGCAUUUAUUGCUGAGAGCAACUUGUAAUAUUUUCAACUAUCUUUAAGUGAAUUUCUAGCUUUUCUCUUAAAAACUAGGUGUUAUCCUACAAGUAUGCUGGGAUAAGCUGCCCUGGCAGUCUUCAUACAUUUAUUGUCUAGCCCCAGAGAGGGAGACAGAAGCCUUUUACUGGAGGAAGCUGGAGCUGCCUGUUCCAGAGGCGGGUUGGGGGAGGGGGGUCUGCUAUCAGCUGUCCACCCUUAACAUUGGGGGAGAGGAACCGCAGGCCCUUUCAGGUGUGCUCUUGAGAGUGCUGUCUCCUUAGGGAAAAACCAGCCCGAACUGGCUUAAGCAACAAAGCAAAUUCCGUGGGUCCUGUAUUGGGGAUGGCUGAAGGUGGGUGCUGCUUCAGGUAUGGCUGGAUCCAGGAGCUUAAUGUCCUCAGGCCUGUCAACUGCACCCAGGCCUCUUGACUCUGCAUCUCUUUGCAUGCUGACCUCAUUCUUUCUUCCACCUGGCGGGAAAGAUGGCUGCCAGCAGCCCCAAGCCUAUAACUUCAGGAUUCACACUCUAAGAGACGCUUUUCCAUCUCAUAUCUCAUGGAAGGCUCUGAUUGGCCCAGCUCGAGUCAUAUGCUCAUUCCUGUGGGCCACACUGGCAAGAAACUAGGGUCCUGUGAUUGACAUUCCCUGCAGAAGCAGCAGCAGGACUGGAGAGGACCAAGAGACAAGAGAAGCUGGACCACAGAACUAGCAGGUAUCCAUGGUGGCGUCUGCUACGGCCGGCUCUCUUCCCAGGUGGAAGUCUCAGGGACCCACGUGGAAGCAUCAUCAAGAUCAUUCUUCUUGCCUUUGGGAGGCCUGGAAUCAAAAAUAACCCAAGGAAGAGAUUGCCAAGCUUUUGGCUUUUGAAUUUCCCCAAAGCCAAAGGCUGGAAGUGCCUUGGCUUGGGCUUCUUGCAUCAUUAGCUCAUUAAUCCAUUGUGACCAGGACAGAAGCAACCCACAAGCAGCAUGACUGUUGGUGUUUGGGCGCCUGGGCCUUGAAUUUAGACCAGGACUCAAACCCCAGCCUUCCUUUCACUAGCUGUGUAACCUUGACCAGGUAACUUAACCUCUCUGUGCCUCAGUUUCCUCAUCUGUAAAGUGAGGAUAGCAGUGCCUACCUCAAUGGGUUGUAGUGGGACAAAAUGAGGGAGUAGCUGUAAAGCUUUCAGCACAGCUCCCAGAACACAGAAGGCGCUCCAUUAAUGUCAGUGGUCAUUCUGAUUACUUAAUGCUUCUCAUCCAAAGACUCAUUUUCUUCCUGAGGUCGCCUAUCACUGUUUUUCAUGAUUGCACCCAGAGAAAAGUAGGUGUCAAGAAUUAUUGCCCUCUGAGUUGGGUGUGCAGUCUUUCUCUUUUAGAAACUGCUUGUGUGGGUUGGGCGUGGUGGCUUAUGCCUAUAAUCCCAGCACUUUGGGAGGCUGAGGCCGGCAGAUCGCUUGAGUGCAGGAGUUCAAGACCAGCCUGGGCAACACAGUGAGACCCCGUCUCUACAAAAAAUUAAAAAAUGAGCCAGGCGUUGUGCUGCACGCCUAUACUCUAGCUGCUCGGGAGGCUGAGGCAGAAGCAUUGCUUGGAGGUCAAGGCUGGAGUGAGCCAUGAUCUCACCCCUGUACUUCAUCCUGGGUGAAAAAGCAAAACCCUGUCUCAAGAAAGAAUCUGCUUGUAUUUUCUGGGCAAAUCCACCCAUCUGAAGGAGUGUAUUCUGAGUGGUAUUUCCCUUGGCAGUUAGAACAUGUUUUUUCACAGAGGUUGAAAUAUGGAGAGUUUGAGAUUGUUUUUUUCUACCCUGCACUCUCUCGAAUUCCCCCUCCCCGCUGUAAAAUUAAUUGUCCAAUGAGAAUAGUAUAAUUCUUUUCAACAAAGUCUCUGAGCCAGUGAAACGCAAUGGGUUUUUUUGUUUGCCUGAUGAUUUGCUCCAACCAGCAGCAUUAAAUGUUUUCCAUUUGGAUAAACUUGCAUUGUCAGCUUCCUAAAACCCUGGAGGUUUCCCCUGGGCUCGUUCUAGAAUUUUCCAGCUGUUGUUUAAAAGACUUUAGAGCGAGCUUGUUCAGCCUGUGGCCUGCAGGCUGCAUGUUGCCCCGGACUGCUUUGAAUAUGAUCCAACACAAGUUCGUAAACUUUCUUAAAACACUGAGUUUUUUUUGUGUGUGUUUUCUUUGUUUUUUUCAGGUCAUCAGCUAUCAUUAGUGUAUUUUAUAUGUGGCCCACGACAAUUCUUCUUGUUCCGGUGUGGCCCAGGGAAGCCAAAAGACUGGACACCCUUGCUUUAGAGCAUUUGAAACAGGGGUGAUAACACCCCCAAGGGGCUGCAUAUCUGUUUAAUGCAGGUAUAAUUGUGUAUCGUUUAUAUUGUAUACAUAUGUAAUGGAUUGGAUAGCAUGUCCCCAAAUUCAUGUCCACCUAGAACCUUAGAAUGUGACCUCAUUUGGAAAUAAGGUUUUUGCAGAUGUAAUUAGUUAAGGUUCUCAAGAUUGGUUAUUGGGCCGGGUGAGGGAGGAUCACAAUUUUUAUAUAUAAAGCAGAAAUAGCCCAGGCGCAGUGGCUGACUCCUGUAAUCCCAGCACUUUGGGAGGCCGAGGCGGGUGGAUCACGAGGUCAGGAGAUCGAGACUAUCCGGGCUAACACGGUGAAACCCCGUCUCUACUAAAAAUACAAAAAAUUAGCCGGGCGUGGUGGCAGGCGCCUGUAGUCUCAGCUACUCGGGAGGCUGAGGCAGCAGAAUGGCAUGAACCCGGGAGGCGGAGCUUGCAGUGAGCCGAGGUCGCGCCACUGCACUCCGGCCUGGGCGACAGUGAGACUCUGUCUCAAAAAAAAAAGUGGAAUGUUCUGGAGGCUGGAAGUCCGGAAUCAACAUGGAGGCAGGGCCCUGCUCCCUCUGAAGGCUGUAGGGGAGGACCCUUCCUUGCCUCUUGCAGCGUCUAGUGGCACCUCAUGGCUUGUGGUUGCAUCACUCCAGUCUCUGCCUCCAUCAUCAUAUGGCCUUCCUCUCUCUCUGUGUCUCCUCUUCUUGUAGGGACGCCAGUCAUUGGAUUUAGGGCCCAUCCUAAGUCCAGUAUAACACCUUGAGAUCCUUAACUAAUUCCACCUGCAAAGAUCUUAUUUUGAAGCGAGGUCCCAUUUUAAGGUUCUAGACGGACAUGAAUUUUGGGGCAUGCUACUCAACUUAUGAUGUAUGCAUACAAUAGCUAACCAGAUACACAGUUAUAUCUGCAUUAAACAGUUAUGAAAAUCUCUGGGGCCCGCCCAGCACUGCUGGAAUUUUACUGGCCAGGUACCCAGGUGAAAGUGAGGGCCCUGGUGCCCAUGUCUCCUGGGCUGCCCUGCACUCCCCCCGGGGUUUUACCAAAGUGCCAGACGUGGUGUCCUGGAGAGCUGCAUCCCAAGACAGCCACAGUCCUGAAGUCAGAAGGGUGUGAUGAGCCCUGUCCAGGGUGCCACCUGUCCUUCCCGUGAGCUCUCUUGGGGCACGGAGUGGAGCUGGCUGCCACACAGAUCCUGGGACUCUGAAAAGCCUUCCUCAUUUUGGAGCUGGUGGCUGGGGUUGUCACUUGUGAGAGGAGAGCAGGUGUGGUGUUUUGUGUGAUGGCACGAGGGUCGUCUGUCCACCCAGCUUUUGCUCCCCAGCCCUGCCCAGCACGGCUCGUCAGGGGAGAGGAGGCAGCUUGCAAUUGCGUGUGUUCAUUGGCGGUGACUCUUCCGUGGAUUUCUCUGGAACUGUGGGUGGCGGGUUUCAAAGGAACAGCCACCUGACUCGUGGGUGCGGCGGGUGUUGAGAAAGAACGGCCCUCUGGGGGAAGAUGGAGCUCCGGAGGGUGGGCGGGAGCUGGGAUGAGGCCUGAGCUAUGGGGCCCUGCUGACGCCUGUCUCAGCCACAGCACUUCCCUUGGAGGCCUCCUGGGGCCUGGACCCAGAGCGAGCAAAACACGCCCAGAGCUCCCUGUGGCCCAGAGGCUGCCUCCGGGAUCAGUUCUUGGGGCGUAGACCCCUGGGACUUCUGCGGAGCCGGGUUGGACGCCAGCCGCUGCAGUGGGAGCUGGGGUAGGGCCUGGGAGGAAGGGAGCCCAGGGCCUUCAGGGAUGUCGGAGGCUGUGGCUGCCAACUUCUCCCUCUCACUUCACUGCCUCCCUUAGUGCCCACCCCCAACAAGACAUUUUGGAGGAAUGCGGAUCCCCAAAAAUCACAUUUUUUUUUUGAGAUAGGGUCUCACUCUGUCACCCAGGCUGGAGUGCGGUGGCAUGAUCAUGGUUCACUGUAGCCUCAACCUCCCGAGCUCAAGCGACCCUCCCACCUGAGCCCCAAGUAGCUGGAAGCACGGGUGUGCGCCACCAUGCGUAAUUCUUGUAUUUUUUUUGGAGCGGCGGGGCCAUGUUGCCCAAGCUGGCAACAAGCACAGUUUGAAACCUCUGAGCCAGGAUUUUUUUCUUUUGGGCACAGAUUCCUUGGAGAAUCCCAUGAAAACUCAGGGCACACACACAAAUUUCAUUUGUUUUGGGGCCCCAAGGAGUCCUUGAAAGCCCACCCAUUGAUGCCAGGAUGGACCUUUCUGGGGUCUUUCCGAAUACUCAAGUUCUGUGCAGAGUACCCCAGAAGCUGAGACGUGUCACCAUGGCGACGGCCCAGCACGUGGAACUCUCACGGUUCCCAGGUGAGCUGCAGAGACUUCAGUGUGUAGUCCAAGACCCCCCGUGCCUGUGUCUGGGGGUCUCGAGUCACUACUGCAGGUGGGGGAGGGGACCCUUAGGCUGCUGUGAUCGGAGCACAUGAAUCCCCAGCCAGCUCGCCUGCAGGUUGAUGACUUUAGCUCUUGCAUAUUUGUGUCGCCACCACCACCAUAGGUAGGUACUAGAAUCUCAGGCACUUCUCCCUCCUGCUCCAUGUCGUCUCUAAGGUCUGCAGUCCAAAAUCUAAAUGCCUGAGUCCCAAAAUGUGCCUGUCCUGUAACAAUACAAGUGUCACACGUUUUGGGUUGCCAGAGACUCCCAAUACAAAUUGCCUCAGGCAAAAAAUGGGAAUUUAUGGGUUUAUGUAAUUUGGAAGUGCAAGAAUGACCUGGCUUCAGGUAUAGCUGGAUCCAGGCAUUCAAAUCAUGUCUCCCCCCAACACCCUCAGUGUAGUCCUUUUCCACACUGGCUCACCCGCUCCAUCUCUUGGUUCCGAUCAGGUCUUCUCCACAUUGGAGAAGAGCUGGUUUCCGUUCCUCCUCCUUGUGGCCCACCUUGGGCCCACCUUGUGGCCCUCCUUGUGUCUAACCUUGGAAGUUAGACAGUCCCAGCAGAGAGAGUUUCUUCUUCCAGCUGCAGCAGAAAUUCCACGAUGGGCUCUGACUGGCUGACCCAGGGCAGGUGCCUAACUCUGGACCAAUCUCUCAGGCCCACCUGCAACUUGGGGUGAGAAGACAGUGCCACCCAAACCACCUGGAUGGAGAAUGGGGGAGGGGUACUACCCUGAAAGCAACAUGCUAGAGGCUUACAGCCAGGGCUCCUGGGUUUUGGGGUCUCCGGCAACCCAAAACGUGUGACACUUGUACUGUUACAGGAUAGGCACAUUUUGGGGCUCAGGCAUUUAGAUUUUGGAUGGCAGACCUUAGAUAGGAAAUGGAGCAGGUGGCAGAAGUGGCCACCUCCCCAGGCACUCUCAUUACCCUAGAAGGCUUCAGGUUGCAAGAUGCUGCAACUUUCCCACAGCUCCCUGUGGUUGCCAGGGCACACUCGGUCUCUGGGUAGGGCAGACUGGCACUGCCAGGGAGUAAACCCCCAGGAGCGGCCCUCAACCAAUGAUGAAUGGGUGUUGGCUGAUAAAUAUCCCAGCUUCCUCGCCCUUGGGUGGUACAACCGAGACCUGUUCUACCAACUCUCCCAGAGGCCCCCAGCAGGAUUGAGCCCGUUGCCUGCAGUAUAGACCUGCUCACUCCUGCACCCUGCACAGGCUGCCUUCCCUCCCUGUCCUCUACCAGUGUUUCCUGGGGCCGCCUCCCCAAUAAACGACUUACUCUCA